CUCCACUAUAAAUUCUAAAACCACACCUUUCUUCUACACCGCCUCUUUCUUCAUUCCCUCUGUUUUUCACUCCUCUUUUUCUUCAUUUUCUUCUGGUACUCAACAAUGGUGCUACUUCCUUCUUCUUCCGAGACUUCCUCCAUUGCUAAUCUCUUUCUACUUUUCCUUUUUUUCUUUCUUUUUGCCGCUGUUUCUUCUUCUCCCAGGUUGGAAAAAACAGAGGAGUUUCAGAGCUUGAAGAAUAGAACAAGCACAACAAUGGCGGAAAAGAUGGAAGAGGUUGAGAUAUUUAAUGAACAUGCAGUGGCAAACCCCGAAGAGGUUGUUGCUAUGGUACACAUGAGUAUUCACAACAGCACUCAAAGGAGGAAGUUGGGUUAUUUCUCAUGUGGAACAGGAAACCCAAUCGAUGACUGCUGGCGUUGUGACCCCCACUGGCACAAAAACCGUAAGCGCCUAGCUGACUGUGGUAUUGGCUUCGGAAGAAAUGCCAUUGGUGGGAAAAAUGGUCGCUACUACGUAGUCACAGACCCUCGUGAUGAUGACCCAGUCAACCCAAAGCCAGGGACUCUUCGUCAUGCAGUCAUCCAAGAAGAGCCUCUCUGGAUUGUUUUCCAGCGCGAUAUGGUGAUUGAAUUGAAAGAGGAGCUUAUAAUGAACAGCUUCAAGACAAUCGAUGGUCGUGGGGCCAAUAUCCACAUUGCUAACAGAGCUUGCAUUACAAUUCAGUUUGUGACCAACAUCAUCAUACAUGGUAUUCAUAUCCAUGAUUGCAAACCUACUGGUAAUGCUAUGGUCAGGAGUUCCACUACUCAUUAUGGAUGGAGAACUAUGGCUGAUGGUGAUGGAAUCUCGAUCUUUGGCGGCAGUCAUAUUUGGAUAGAUCACAACUCACUUUCACACUGUGCUGAUGGUCUUAUUGAUGCUGUGGUGGGUUCAACUGCCAUCACUAUUUCCAACAAUCACUUUGCUCAUCAUAAUGAGGUGAUGUUGUUGGGUCAUAGUGAUUCUUAUGUGAAAGACAAGGCAAUGCAAGUUACAAUUGCAUUCAAUCACUUUGGGACAGGCCUUAUGCAACGAAUGCCAAGGUGCCGUCAUGGUUACUUCCAUGUGGUGAACAAUGACUACACACAUUGGGAAAUGUAUGCCAUCGGAGGAAGUGCUGCCCCUACCAUCAACAGCCAGGGUAACAGAUAUGCUGCCCCAAGAAACCGUUUUGCAAAGGAGGUCACAAAAAGGGUAGAAACAGCUGAGAAUAAGUGGAAGGGUUGGAAUUGGAGGUCCGAGGGAGAUCUGAUGCUCAACGGUGCAUUCUUCACUCAGUCAGGAGUGGGGGCUUCAGGUAGCUAUGCAAAAGCCUCAAGCUUAGGAGCUAAGUCAUCUUCCAUGGUAGGAGCCAUCACUGCUAAUGCAGGUCCUCUGUCUUGUCGUAGGGGUCGCAAGUGCUAGUCAUAAUUCAUUCAAUGUUCAUACAAAAGAGUCCAUUCAUCAACACCCUUUUUUUUUACCAGUUUUGGUUUUCUUCCCAAAGUUUUUAUAACCACCCUAUAGCAUUUGUAUGAUUUGAACGACAAAUCAGCCUUUUAACUGUUAUUAAACCAGUUUUCUCAGUCGAUUCUUCAUAUCUUGGCAAGUGUACAUUUUUUACACAUUGUCCUGUUAUGAUUCAAUUGAAGCCUCAUUAUACCUAUCCGAAUUCGUACCAAUUAGUGUGAGUUUUCUUUUCUCAACCUGGGCCUGUUUCAUUUCCAGAAGGUCAGAAGUGUUGUUCUUUAUUUCCUUUUUUUUUAAAAAAAAAAAAAAAAAACAGAUCAACCCUCCUUAAUUUGUCUAGUUUUGAUUUUAUAGGAUUUUGAAUGGUUUUAUUGUUUUUCUUUACCUUUGUGAGUGCAAAUUACACAAGAAAUACUAGUAAGAAAUAGUUAAAAUGUGAGUUAUGUUUAAGGUUUCCAAAUGUGUGUUGCAGGGAUUCUAAUAGUUUGAAAUGACUGUAUUUUAUAUUUAUUUGUUUGUGCAAUUGUAUCAGCUACAAAGGCUUUUUAUGAUCUUCUUUAAUAUAGUUUCAUAUUUGGGAUUUCUUUUUAUAAUUCAUUUUCUCAAUAGUUUGUUUAAGGAAACUUGAAUAAAUAAAUAAAACUAAUACUCUUGUAAGAAACUGUCUUUUGGUACGGUGGAUAGCUUUAAAGCAUGGAGUCUAUAUACUUGUACUUUAUUUUAGUUGGAC